UUCAUCAUGUAAAUAACAUAACAUAUAUCAUAGGACAUUUAAAAAAAUCUUACAUCUGAUCCGUAUGUGGUUAAAAGAAUGUGGGUUCUUUGUGUACCGACUGACAAUUGUAACUUGUGCAUAUUAAAGUGGGAGAUAUAUUACAAGCAUUUGUCACAACAUAUUCCACUUUUAGACUAUUAAAUGACUAUAACAACAACAUUUAUGAUGUGCAUAGAAUCACUUUUUUCUUCUUCUGUGCUCGCUCUUCUUGUAAUAUUUAGUUGUCUUCAUUAUUUUCAAUUCGUUGCACCUGAUCUGUUAUCAUACGGGUCAUGUGAUUGCCUACUACACAAAUAAGGUGCGACCACACACGUUUUUAAUUUUUUUUUUUAAUGCCCGUUUUGGUUUUGGUUUUGGAGACACUAUAAUUCAAUUGAAGUCGAAAAUAACUUCGUAGAGGAUUACUACCUGUUGCUGCAGCACGUCUCUCAACACAAGUAGUAACGGGUCAAAGAAUGGCCACAUUGCUGACAUAGCGAACAAGUGUUUACUUGGGGGAGGGUGUCACUCUUCCAGCGUUAUCAGUGGUAACAGUACAGUGGUGGAUAUUAGGGGAAUCACAUGCACUGACAGACAUUUUUAUAUAUAUAUAUAUAUAUAUAUAUAUAUAUAUAUAUAUAUAUAUAUAUAUAUAUAUGCAGCCCACUGCUCCUUAAUAACUAAGGAUGGGUCAAACGCAGAGAAGAAUUUCCCAAAUAAAGGGAUCAACAAAGGAUACAUUAAAAACUAAAACUAAAUAGUUGUUUGCCGCUAUAGCAAUGCUCCGUAUAUCAAAUUUAGCGCCUUCUAAGUUCAGAGCUUUAAGGAGUUGUCAAUAUUUGCUAUGAUAAUAAUAAGUUAAAGCACAAGUUGGGGAUCAGCUAUUGAUUUAACAGCAAUGCCUUCGUCAGGCCCUGCCCAUCUGGACGUUUGCAUAACAGCUUUUUCUUGCAGCAGUAUUUAAACCUCAAAUCCAAGGUCUCUCCUGCCCACUCUUCGGUCGAGUAGCGCUUUCUCUCUCUCUCUCUCUCUCUCUCAACUCUGCCCUUAUUAUCUGCUUUCAGCUUUGCUGCAAAAAUGGCCACAGCUGGUAAGGUCAUCAAAUGCAAGGCAGCAGUGGCCUGGGAGCCCAACAAGCCUUUGGUGAUUGAAGAGAUCGAGGUAGCCCCGCCCCAGACCAACGAGGUCCGCAUCAAGAUUGUGGCGAGCGGACUGUGCCACACGGACCUGUACCAUCUGUUUGAGGGUAUGCAUAAAGACGGCUUCCCUGCCGUCCUCGGCCAUGAGGGAGCCGGCAUCGUAGAGAGCGUCGGGCCUGGAGUCAUUGAGUUUCAACCGGGAGACAAGGUCAUCCCCUUGUUCAUAUCCCAGUGUGGAGAAUGUCGCUUCUGCAAGAGUCCCAAAACCAACCAGUGUGUGAAUGCUUUGGAUGUUGGUGUGAUGUCACCGUUAGAGUCCAGGUUCACCUGUAAAGGGAAAAAGGUGCUGCAGUUUGCAGGAACCAGUACCUUCUCUGAGUACACUGUGGUUAACCAGAUGGCCGUGGCUAAGAUCGACCCCACUGCCCCUCUGGACAAAGUCUGUCUCCUUGGCUGUGGGAUCUGCACAGGAUACGGAGCGGCAGUGAAUACUGCUAAGGUGGAACCGGGCUCCACGUGUGCUGUGUUCGGAAUGGGAGCUGUGGGCUUGGCUGCGGUCAUGGGCUGCAAGGCUGCAGGAGCCAAGAGGAUUAUCGCCGUUGACAUCAAUCCGGAUAAGUUCGAGAAGGCCAAGGAGUUCGGGGCGACCGACUUCGUGAACCCCAAAGAUCACAGUAAGCCCGUCAGCCAGGUGCUGUCCGAGAUGACCGACGGAGGAGUGGACUUCUCCCUGGAAUGUGUCGGGAAUGUGGGAGUCAUGCGCAGCGCCUUGGAGUCUUGUGUGAGAGGUUGGGGCGUCAGCGUGCUGGUCGGCUGGACGGACUUGGACGACUUUGCCGCCCGCCCCAUUCAGCUCAUUGCUGGACGCACAUGGAAGGGCUCCCUGUUCGGAGGAUUUAAGAGUAAGGAUAGCGUGCCUCUGAUGGUCAAAAAGUACCUGGACAAGAAGAUCUUGGUGGAUGAGUUCAUCACUCACAACAUGGCUUUGGACCAGGUCAACGACGCCAUUGAGCUGAUGAAGCAGGGCAAAUGCAUCCGGACGGUCCUGAGUAUUUCUCCACAAUAAGACCACCGCGUCACUUCCAGCCCGCGCAAGACAUUUUCUUUCAUGGCUGCCAGCUAUGUAGUACCGGAUAUCAACGCUGUAUACAUACACAAUGCACCUAAUAAAGAGAUUGGUCAAAUAAUG